AUGAAAUUAAUUUUAAAAACACUAAUCUAAAUUAGUAUUUUAAAAAAGAUUUAGGUAUUUAUUUACAAAUAAUAAAAACAUCUACCUAAUUUUUAAAUUUAAUAUUUUUAAGACAAUAUGUUUUUUUUUAGCAAAGACAACAUAACAUCAAAAGGAGAAAGCGAAAUUGAAAAAGAAAUAGAGAGGAAAAAAAAGUAGGAAUAAGAAUAAACAAAGAUUUUCUAUGAGAAAUUAUAAUAAAAGAUGAUUUAAAAAGAAGAAUUUUAAAAAAGAUUUUCAGAAUAUAUGAACUAAUAUUCAAAUGAACAUAAACUUUAUUUCAAUACCUUGUAUGAGAUUAAAGAUUAUAUAGCCUCAGAAGAAAAGAAUAAUGCAGAAACCCUUAAUUCUAUUAAAUCAUUGGCAAUACACACAAAAUACUUAAUUAUGAACACUUCAGAUUACAAAAAACUUAUUAAGUAUCUUGAAAAUUUUCCUAAUCUUAAAGUAUUAUGGAUUACUAUUAGCGUAGCAACUUUUGGGAUUGAUAAAUUAAAUUGUGAUGAAAGCUCUUUAGAAUUGUUAAGAUUAUUUAUUUUAGAGAAUUUUAGUAAUUAGCUUGAGGCUCUAUAUGUAAAAUUCAACUUUGACUCUCAUGACUCUUAAUGGAAUAAUAGAAAAAAGACUAUUUAACAGAUUAUAACUUAAUGGGAUGAUACAUUUGAAAAGAAAAUUGCCAUUUACAGAUGCGAUUAUUAAUUUCAAGGUCUACUAAUAUGA